AUGUGCAGUGUAAAUAUUGCAAGUACUGCUACAAUAGAAACCACGAAACUGCUGUUUCAGGACUUGUUCUCAAAUUACUCUAAACAUGUUCUUCCUGUUAUUGACCAAUCUAAACCAGUUAGUGUUAACAUGGACCUAUCUGUUGUGUCCAUUAACGACUUUGAUGAAGUAACAGGAACGUUAACGAUAGUCGCCAUCUUGAAUGUUUCUUGGAAUGACGAAAGUUUGGUGUGGGAUUCUGUUUUAUAUGGGAAUACGACGACCCUAACUUUUAAUCAGGAUUUAAUUUGGCUACCAGAAAUGGUUCUUCUUAAUCCUGCUGACUCUGUUGAGCCAAUUGGCAAUGCUCGUUUCAAAGUGACGGUCACAUCUACUGGCGGGGUUGUUUGGGCGACAGGCGGACUUUUGAAGGCAGCAUGUACAGCAGAUGUUUCCCGAUUUCCAUUUGACCAACAGAACUGUACAAUUAGCAUAAGUCCAUGGGGCUACUCUUCAUCACAGGUAACGUUGACAGUACCGUCACGUACGAUAGACUUCGGCUUUUAUUGUGUUAACGGUGAAUGGGAUGUGACAGGAUCAAGAACAAUGCAGUUGUCAAAUACUUUUGACAUUGCAAAGUACACUAUUACUAUCAAGAGACGCCAUACUAGUUUUUUGGUGAGUGUUGUGAUACCAAUCAUCAUGUUAGCCUUUGUGAACCCGUUCGUGUUUAUUCUACCAUUUGAUUCAGGAGAGCGGGUGUCGUACAGUAUCACAGUGUUACUGGCCUUCAGUGUGUAUAUGACGGUGGUAAGUGACCGGAUGCCAGCGUCCUCUCAACCCAUGUCUAUUUUGGCAUACUACUUACUGUUCACGCUUUCAAUUAGUGUUCUCAUUGUAAUUGUGAACAUAUUUCAAAUCAGAACAUAUGGUAAAGACAAUGCCCACCAGCCCAUUCCACAAUGUAUAAGCAGGACUGUAUUGUUCCUUCAGAUGAUUUACAGGAGUAAGAAGAUUGAAACUAAACGCAAUCACUUGUUUCCACAAGAGAAUGGCGAUAUCAAAGCAGGUAAAGAUGUAUCUGGUGAAAAUAACCUUCAACUGGAGGACCUUGGAGGAUCGCCGAUCAGUAGUGGUGAACCAUUACACGAGAAUGCAGUGCAGAAAGGGGAAAUUAAGGCCACAAGCGAUCAACAGGGAUGCACUUGGUAUAAGGUAGCAAAGAUGGCGGAUGUGGUAUACUUUGGCUUAUUCUCGUUUGUGACAGUCGUAGUAACUUUUGUAUUUUUCAUCAUAACUACGUGA